UAGUGUCCUCUAGCGGACACAAAGUGAAACUUCCUUUUACAAAGUUUAACAUGGAUGCAAUCUUUCUCUGGUUUCUAUACUGAGCGACAGCUCUUAACUUUCUCCUCAGUUUUCUGGGGUCAUAGGUUACAGCAAAAUAGCUCUGGGCACUAGCUGAUAGUUCCGUGCCAUCGAUUGCAAGGUUUUUUUAAUUGCUACAAUUAAAGAAAUUUCUAUAUUUUUCAGAUAGAGGUACGAGAGGAGUAUUUUACGGUAAAAGCAACUCUUGAAUGGUUUAAUCAGGGGUAAGCAACCUUGGCUCUUUUAUGAUUCGUGGACUUCAACUCCCAGAAUUCCUGAGCCAGCUCAGGAAUUUUGGGAGCUGAAAUCCACGAGUCAUAAAAGAGCCAAGGUUGCCUAUCCCCGGUCUAGUUGCUAGCAUAAGUAAGGGCUUCACAUAUAAAGAGCUUGGUUUUAUGUGCCAAUGUUUACAUGUUAUAUACUAUUUUUUAAAAAAAAAAAAACCUGGAUUAUAAUAGAAAUUUGCAAAAGCAUUCCCAGUUUGGGGGGAAAAAAACAAAACCCAAAGACCGUAGUUGGGCAACUCUUUUCUUAGAUCAAUUGAACUGUUACUAAAAGGUGUACGAGUUUCUAAAGAUCUCUAGAAAUAGGCUAAAGAUUUGAAAAAAGAAAACGGGAAAUUGCUUUUUAAAACACUUUUCACUUUGGAAGCAUCACCGACUCCUUGAGCUUUUGUGCUAAUCGCCUUCAGCGUUUCUCAAUCUCAGCCUCUUUCAGAUGCGUGGACUUCCCUUCCCAGAAAUCCCCAGGUAGCCUAGACACACAGAGUUGCUGAGACUGACUUAAGACUUCUCUGAAGUUCAUCUACCUGCCUCAGUUUUACCUUAAGGGAGUUUCUGCCCAAACUAAUCUUCCUUCUUGCCUUUCAGCUUCACACAGCCGUGAGGUUUUCUUCCAGAAUUCUUUCUCCUGGUGCAUCAUGAAUCUGUUGAUCUAAGGCUGGUGGCUCUGUUGGAAGGCUUUGGAAAACAAAAAAAGAAAUCUUAAAUUCAAGAAGGGGAAGGCACUUGAAAACUACGAAGCAGGAUGGUAUUGUGUCACCUCUUAGUACUGGAGGCCAUUGCUGAGAAGCGUAUGUGGUGCGUUCAUUUGUGAGCUUCUCAGAAGCAGCUGGUUGGCCACCGAAGAGCAAGAGAGGAACCUGGAUUAAAUUAGGUGUCUUUUCUGAUCCAGCAUGUCUGCUCAAAUGUUUUUCUAAUGGAGGCUUUACGGCCCACUUUUAUUUUCUCUUUAGCUGCCUUUCUUUGAAGUGAAUGGCGGAAGCCCCAGAGCCACGUGAAGGCAAUUGGUGGAGGUGUCAACCACAUCCCUGCCUUUGUCUCCCACAGCUGAAGUGCGUCAGCCCCUGCCUUUCUUCACUCACCUUUUGCUGAUCCGUGAGUGGCCGCUGGCAUAGAGAUUUCGUAACUGGCAUUUCACCUUUCUGCCUGCCCGCCGCAAGGUAAGAUGAUCUUCUAACUGUUGAGGUGGGCAUUUUGAGCAGAACUGCGGGCUUCAAUUCCAAACAGGCAGGUUAAGGCAGGCUUGAGGAGAAAAGAUUUACUUAUCCCUACAAGCCUCGGGGAAGCUAACCCAAAUCUCUUUAGGUAAAAUCCUAUUUCGGGGGAAUGAAUGCUGGACUUAUUGUGGCGUUCUUUGAGUUGGCUUGUUUUCUUGCAGAUGUUUCAUUAUCCAAAGUAGGUAACAUCAGCAGUGCUGAUGACGCUACCUAGUUUGGGCGAUGAAACAUCUGCAAGAAAGCAACCAAGCUCAGAGAGCACCAAGGACCCUGUCAUUUCAGCCUGAGCUACAAAAUAUUCCCUUUUGCUGGAUUUAUUGCCUGCUGCUAAAGCUUUUCGGGGGCCUCGGCUUGUUUGUUGGAAGCGAUCGUGGGGCCUCAAACCACCUUUUUGGGAUGCAGAUAUUCAAAGGCACCUAGAACUUUGCGGUACGUGUGGGAGGAAGGCCAGAAAUGACUGUUGGCACAACGGCAUGGAUGCGUUUGGCGUUUUGCUGAGCGCUGGCUUCUGCAGGCAGGAUGUUUGCCUUCCUUUCAGAGCUGAGCAUCGACUCUGUCCGCCAUUUUGCCUGCUGACAGAGGCACGUGGGCGUGGGUCUCCCUUGCAGCCGGAUCUGCUCUGAGCUACUAAGGCAGCCGUUGAAGAGGAAGAGGCCGUUUGGAAGGGAAAACGUCCUUCUAAAGCACCUUCCCUGGACCCUGAACAUCUUUCAUUUAGAUGUAGCAGAACAUUCCGAGACCAGCCCUCAAAAGAAAAACAGGCUGGAAAGUUGGAUCGGGAGAAGAGGACUUGCUGAUUAACCGGAGUCUCGUGGGAAUGAGCAAUGAUGGAGAUCAUGGUUGACGCCAGCAAAGAGCACAUGGGAGCAGGCUCAGGGUCAGAGAAGACGGUGGGGUUUGGAGAACCCAGCCAUCGCACCCCACUUCUGGAAAGGCUGUCGGCCACGAGGGGCGUUUGGGAGCUUCUGGAUGUCCAGCCAGAGCAAGUCAAGAAGCUGCUCUCGCCGCACCAACGGGGGUCAUUCAUCGUUGCUACCAAUGGGAAUGACGCCGUCAAGACACUUUACCUCCGGUUACCGGAAAGUGACAAUAAGGUUGUUGGCCUUUUCCCUCUUGAAGACACUCCAGCAGCCAUUCACCUCAAAGGUUCUCAGCUGUACUUCAGAAACCUUUUGGAGCUGAUUGGCUUUCAUUUUGUGAGCAGGGAUAUCCUGCCCUGUUUGCUCAGGGUCCCCCAUGUCCUUCAGCUUCCCGGCAGAGCUGAUUUAGAUGCAGUUGCCACCUUGGGCGCAACAUUCUGGGCGAUGCCUCUUCAUCCCGCCAACGGCCUGGCCUCAGACGAAGCAGAAGCCAGCGGCAUGGAACCCAAGGGGGACCUUCUGAAGUCCAAGCAGCCCUCUUGCUCCAUCCGCGUGACGUCCGAGGACGCCGCCCUCUGCAUCGUGAACCCGCUCUUCCUUUCCGUGCACAGCGACAUCGAGUGGCUCGACCUGGCCCCCGGCCUGUACCACUCGAGAGGCAGGGGGGGAUCCCUGCGCCUCGCCAAUGGCUCGGCAAGGCCAGAAGCCCCAGUUGGUCUGGAGCAUCUCAAGUCUCAGGAAGAGGAAGAGAAGGUGGGGAAAGACUCUCUGUCCUGCUCAGCCUCCGGGCAAGGGGAUUUCCUUCCUCGCAGACCGUCCUGGAACAGUUCAGAAACCGAGGCACCUCCCUGGUCCCCUACUCUGCCCCCAAACCAGGGCCGCUCUCCCCACCGCGUCUCCUGGGUGGAAGGCAUCUCGGCCGACACUUUCCCCACCUUGAAAAAGGCCCGGUCCGAUUCCUUGUUGCUGAACGACUCCAUGUUGCUGCCUCUCAUCCCGGAACUGGAUUCGCUCUCCAUCAGCAGCGUGGAGGACGAGGGCGAGGGGCUCCCUCCCGCCACUCCCACUCCGUCUCCGCAGAAGAGACGGCGCCCCUCCUCGGCCACCCUCACCCACAAGGUGCUCUACCGUCUCUCGGCCAUGAGCAGCGCCCUCACCGGCUUCCUCUCGCUCGAGCGCCGGGUGGCCAAGCGGGUGCAAGAGCUGGUCCAGGAGCCCACGUCGGACGUGGGAGGCCUGGUGCAGAACUUCGUGGAGCACAUGCAGCAGGGAGCCGGGUCCCGGCACCCCACCAGCACCGACAUGCUUCAGGAGACGCGGCAGAUGAUCAGCAACCUGAAGUGCUACCUGUGCGAAAGCUCGGAUCUGCGCGCCGCCUACGGUGAAUACGCCGACGCCGAGGAACUGGAUCUCGGUUCCGUGGUGGAAGACGCUCUCUACAAAUGCAUCCUGAAGCCGCUGCGGGAUACGAUUUAUGCCCAGUUGCUGGACUUCCACACUCGCGAUGGCUCUCUGAACUGUUUGCGUGAAAAUCAGCUGACCUUGAGCCAGCAAAGCUUGGAGGAGCUUGGUGUGGUAGCUGGGGUGCCCGACGGGGCUUGCCUGGAGCGCAUCCAGGCCAAGCUGAGUCUCCUGCACCAGGCCUACUCGCCCAAGAAGAAGGAGACUCAGAUGCUGAAGGUCUGCAAGAUGCUUUACGAGGCCAUGAACCUCCACUGUGAGAAGGCAGAGCCCUUCGGUGCCGAUGACUUCCUGCCAGUUCUGAUCUACGUGCUGGUGCGCUGCGACGUGGCGGCUGUACAGUUGGAUGUGGAGUACAUGAUGGAACUGAUGGAUCCCAGUCAGCUGCAGGGAGAAGGGGGCUACUACCUCACCACCUGGUUCGGGGCUCUCUACCACAUUGAAAACUUCCAGACGGCUUUCACCAUCACCAGGCAGAUCAGCGUGGAGGCCCAGCGCUCCAUCCAUCAGUGGCAUCGCCGGCGCACCAUCCACCACCACCACCGCCGCAAUUUGCAGCACAUCCUUUACGUCUCCUUCCACGAACCCUUCAAGAACCAGAAGACCAUCUCGGUUCCUCCCGACAUGACCACGGCCUUGGUCUGUGCGGCCUGCGCGGAGAAGUACGGCGUCUCUGACGGUGCCGCCUACGGCCUUUUCUUGGUAUUGGACAACGCCACUCAGCUCUUAACGGAGGACAGCUACCCGCAGAAGAUCCGCGUGGACCUGCUCCAGAGAGAGAGCCGUGUCAAUUUUGUUUACAAGCCCAAAGAUAGCGCCCUGCCUGCAUCCGGUUCCGUGCUUCAGGAGGCCGUCGACUUCGAGUCCCACAAGCCUCUGGAAAGGGUGGGAGUGGAGCAGUUGGAGAGGGAUUGACUGCGACCGUGGGCCUUUCUUGUCUUCUCCCGGGUUGGAUGAAGUUUCCAACUCGGGCUAAAUCUGGGGAAAAGCUGCUGGGGACUAGGCUGCUAGACUCCAGUGUCUUAAUGUCAGAUCUGCCUCAUUUGAGCCUCUCGGAAAGAACCAUCGUUAAUGCCAUUUUUUUUUAUAAAGGUACUAAAGGUGAAGUGAACGUACAGGAGUGCAAAGCAAGAACUGAAAAUUGCACGCCCAAAUCCCCAAGUCUCACUUUCCUUCCUUUAGGUACCUCCCCAUGCUGACCUCUCCCCCCCCCACACACACACAAAUGUCCAAUCAAAUUCACAUGUUUGCAGGACAGUCGCUUUGGCACGCAGCUAGAUUCCGUUCCCAACCGGUCGACUUUGAAACUACAUCUCGGGGAGACCCAGUGAAUUUUCUUCCCCUUUUCCUUGAAUCCUGCCCCCUCCCAUCCCGUCCCCCCCCAGAGUUCAUGGCAGUCUGGCACUGAGUGAUAGCAAAAGGCAAACGUGACGUGGCAGCCGACACGAGGACUACAGAGAAGAAAGUUCUUCAGCAGAAGCACUUGGGCUAAAGCAGUGGUUCUCACCCUGUGGGUCGGGACCCCAUUUGGGGUCGAACGACCAUUUCACGGGGGUCGCCAAACAACGCAGUCGGCCAUUUUUUUCCUUCUUUUCCUUAGCUGUGCUACUCC